AUCAAUAACAAUAAUAAUAAUAAUGGUAACAUCCAUCGUGAUAAAAGAAAUAAAUUAGAUAUACCGAGUAAUGGUAGUUCUGAAAGUAAUACCAAUAAGAAAUCAAAAAAAAAACAUAGAACUCCAUCAUUACAAUUUGAUAUUGAAGAAAGUGACAAACGAUUACCAUUCCAUUGUAUACGAGAAUUAGUAUUAAAGGCAUUCAACAGUAGUAGUAAUAAAUCUAAAUGGUUUAGAUUUGAACAUGAGAAUUUUAUACCUAAUGUUGUGUUUUGUUUAGUACCAGGAUUACCAGCAGAUAAAUUUUCCAUUGUGGAUGAUUCAUCUAAAAGUCAAUUAAUUUCAAUGGAAUCGGUGGAGUCUAAUGAAGAUUUAGAUUUCUUUAAUAAUAAUUUCAAACAAUUCAUUCAAACUUCAUGUCCUGGUGGGAAGGAUACUUUAUUCCCUCCAAUCCAAGCUAUAACUAAUAUUCCCUUAACCAAACGAGAAAAGAGUGAUUUAUUAAAUGCUCCUAAGAAUAAAUCAAUUACAAUUUAUGAUUUAUUAUUGACUGAAUCUCAAUUGAUCCAAAAUAAUUAUCCUAUGAGUCUUGAUGAUGAAGAUAAAGUAGAUAAAGGAUGGGUUGAGACCAAGUCAUUUGAACAUGAAGGAUCUCAUAUUUUUGCAUUAGAUUGUGAAUUUUGUCAAUCAAAUAGUGGGAAAGUAUUAACUCGUAUUUCAUUAAUUAAUUUCCAAGGUGAUUUAGUUAUGGAUUUAUUAGUGAAACCUGAUGAAGAAAUUACUGAUUAUUUAACUAAAUAUUCAGGUAUAACAGAAGAACUUUUAAAAGAUGUAACUACCACAUUACAAGAUAUUCAAACCAAACUUCUUGCCAUAAUAUCUGAUGAUGAUAUUUUGAUAGGUCAUUCAUUAGAAUCAGAUUUAAAUGUGAUGAAAAUAAAACAUACUAAGAUAGUCGAUACAUCAGUGAUAUAUGAACAUGUUAGAGGACCACCUCUGAAACCAUCAUUGAAAUGGUUGAGUAAUAAAUUCCUUAAUCGAGCUAUUCAAACUGGUGAAUUGAAUGGCGAUGGGCAUUCAUCAAUUGAAGAUGCUCAAGCAUGUUUGGAUUUAGUUAAAUUGAAAUUCACGGAGGGGAAAUAUUUUGGAUUAAAUGUAGGUGAAAUGUCAUUAUUUAAAAAGAUUAGUAAAGAGUUUAAACAAGAUGAUUUCAAAUCAUUAUUUAUUAAUUAUAGUGAUUAUAAAUAUCAAGAAGCAUAUAAUGAACCAAUUGAGAAUAAAGUUCAAGUGGAAUAUGUUAAUAAUGAUGAUGAAGUGGUUGAAAAAUUUGUUGAAAAUUUCAAUGAAGAUAAAAGAUUCACAAUAUUAACGCUUCGAGAACUUGAAUUUAAUAAUAAUGAUCGAUUUAAUUGUCAAAUUCCUGAACAUUAUAAUGGUAUCCGAGAUAGUAAAAGUGAAGAAGAGAUGAAUGAAUUAUACAAGACUUUGAAUCAACGAUUAACUACAAUUUAUGAACGAUUACCUCAAGAUAGUUUAAUGAUAAUUCAUUCUGUGAUUGGAGAUGCUAAAGAAAUGAUUCGAUUACAGAAUAUUCGAAAGCAAUUUCAAAAAUUAGAACGUGAAGGAGUUGAUGUAACUAAAUUGGCAAGUGAAGAUAGUUGGGAUUUUGAUAAAUUACAAGAAUUAUAUGAAGCAACUACCAAUGCAAAGAAAUCGGUCACUUUUAUAACGUUAAAAGAGUGAUACAAUUCAUUCAAACAAUCAAACAAUCAUAUAUAUAUAUAUAAAUAGAAAUA